UGAAGUUCAGUAGCGAAAAUGAAAAAGAUUUUCAGUUUCCGCAGAAAGCGAACAGUGAAUCCACUUCCAACCUCCGCCCUCAGGAGGAGGGACAGCGGGGUCCAAGAAUCCGAUCCUAAUUCAGGAUACCUGAUUAGGGCCAAGGACCUGGAGAAGAUCCACAAAGCUGCCUCCACUGGGGAUGUGGCGAAGGUGCAGCACCAGCUGCUGCUGAGGAAGUCAGGUGUGAACGAUCGAGAUAAAAUGAAUCGGACACCUCUACACCUGGCCUGUGCUAAUGGAUAUCCAGAUGUUGUAGCUCUCUUAGUAGAGAACUGCGAUCUAAACCUGCUGGACAAUGAUAAUCUAACACCUUUGAUGAAGGCAGUACGGUGUCAACAUGAGGAGUGUGCUACUACCCUGCUCGAACAUGGUGCGGACCUCAAUCUUGUGGACACCGACAACAACACGGCACUUCACUAUGCUGCCUUUGGACAGAACACAGCUAUAGCAGCAAAGCUGCUGAAACACAACAUGGACAUUGAGGGAAAAAACAAGGAAGGCUAUACACCGCUUGUGGUUGCAAUUAGAGAAAAUAAUCUGGCUAUGGUAGAUUUUUUCUUAAAAAAUGGAGCAAAUGUGAAUGCCACGGAUAACACUAAAAGGACACCCAUCAUGCAUGCUGCCAUUGGUGAACCAGUAGGCAUAGUGAGUCUUCUUCUUCAAUAUGAUGUUGAUGUCUCUUGCCGAGAUAAAUCUCGACGGACAGUUUACGAGCAUGCCAAAAUCAGCUGUCGCCCAAUUCAUUAUAAACUAAUUACUGAGUAUGGAAGACAGAAGGGACUUUAUCAGUCCCAUUCAACCCUAACCAGCAGUUCAGAGAGUGCUUUUGAUCCAGAAUUUACUUUGGGUGCAGCUGCCAUGGAUCAAAUAGCUCUAGUGUUUUCAUCAAGAAUGCUUGAAAGUCUGCUAUUUCACUGAAGGUCCACUUUUUACCCUGAAGGAUUAUACUCAGUUUUGCUGGGUAAGUGAUUCUUGAUUGUAAUCCUACC